UGGUUAGUGAAUGCAAUGAAGAGAACUUCAGUGUGGCUGAAUGAUGCGCCAGUUGCAUUUCAUGGGCUAUUUUUAGUUCAGGAUGUAAUGGUUUGUUUUAUACGUCAGAAGAUGCAUGUAUGGUUUAAAAGCGUGGAGUUAGCAGGGGAAAUCGGGAAUGUUCUUUCUAGACAGACUGAGAAGGACCUAACCAUGGAAUAUCCUUUUAUGAUCCAGAUGCUUGGUGCAGCAUGUCAUGGAUCUGAUACAAAGCAAGAACCAACAGCCAACAUGUCUAGCAAAAGGGCAAAGACGAAGACCACCAAGAAGCGCCCUCAGCGUGCCACUUCCAAUGUCUUUGCAAUGUUUGAUCAGUCGCAGAUUCAAGAAUUCAAGGAGGCCUUCAACAUGAUCGACCAGAACAGGGACGGCUUCAUUGACAAGGAGGACUUGCAUGACAUGCUUGCCUCGCUUGGAAAGAAUCCCACAGAUGAAUACCUGGAUGCCAUGAUGAAUGAAGCUCCAGGCCCCAUAAACUUCACAAUGUUCCUGACCAUGUUUGGUGAGAAGUUAAACGGCACCGAUCCGGAAGAUGUCAUCAGGAACGCUUUUGCUUGCUUUGAUGAGGAAGCCACAGGGUUCAUUCAGGAGGACUACCUGCGGGAGCUGCUGACCACCAUGGGUGACAGAUUCACAGAUGAAGAGGUGGAUGAGCUGUACAGAGAGGCGCCCAUCGACAAAAAGGGCAAUUUCAACUACAUCGAGUUCACGCGCAUCCUGAAACACGGAGCCAAAGACAAGGAUGACUGAGCGCAUCCAUGGAUACCUGCAGAUUACUUUACAUUUAUGUUUAUUUUUGAGGGUUUCUUCCUGAUAGAACUUGUUGCAUGCAUUUAGCUUUACAAAUUUUGCCUUUCUCAAUGUAUUUAUCUAUUCCAGGCCAUUUAGGCACAGUUGCACCUGUGUAAUCAGACUGGAAGUGGGGAAGAUAUUGUGAGGGGAAAGGAUAGGGGCACAAUGAUCCAUGGACUCUUGAUAGUUCAGGAAAACAAUCUCAGUGUUUCUGGUUUAGCUGGAUUUUUACAUUUUUUAUAAUAAAUGCUGUUUUGAAAUAAAGAUUGCUAUAUAGAUAAAA